AUGUGCAAUAUGAACCAAAAUUGGAAAUAUUUUGGAAUACUGCUUUAUAUUCUAUUGAAUAUUCUGAACAGAUAUCACUGCCGAACUACCAGGUGCUACACUUGCACGUCCUGUCCUGAAAUAAAUAGCGAAGCGAAAAUAAUGAAUAAUUGCCUGGCGUGUUCGUCUUACGGAAACUAUCCUAAUAUUUACAGAGAAUGCCUAGCUGACAAUCAGAGUCUAAAUAAUUUUACAAGAAGAUUUCGAAAAUUACCGUGUUUUGGAGACCUAUGUAAUGGCAUAAAGUACGUGUAUAUUUUGCCAAGUGGAAAAAUCCAAAAAAAUAUUACGUGCUAUGCUUGCAGAGAAUGUACAGAAAGUACACAAAGAAUUGAAACUUCUUGUGGUGCAUGCGCA